UGCCAGUCUGUUAGGUCUUCUUCACUUUCUGUCUCCGCUUGUCCUUUUCAGUUUCUCAUACUUGGAACUAUCUGUCUCCGGCACAGACGCGUUGUGGCGCGAGGAGCGGCUGUCUGCGUUUUUCUCUCCAAAGUCGAAGCCCUCUAUUCGUCAACUGUCUGGCGCAGAUAGGAACCGCUUGUGAACGCGUUCACUGAUCGCGGGGUCUCCCCAGUCUUUUCUUCGGUUUUGGUGUACCUCGGAACCCGAUAAUUUGUCGACGCGCGUUUGUCGCGUCUUCCGCGUCCAAUGGGCCGAAAGUUCCGUCGCCGGGUGCUGCGAAAAAAAGUGGAAAGGGGCUGGCGUUCCCCCGGGUCUCUUGCAGACCUGACCGAAACCUUUCAUCGGUCGCUUGCCGCUGUUCCGCGGGGCUCUUUGGCUGAACCCUGUGGAAUUUUUUCCUCCAGAGUGCCAACGACUUUCGUUGCGAGUUUGGAUUUCCCUCUGGACGAGGGCACACAGUUUUUGAGAGCCGCGCCGGGCACGAGCCGAUAGCGCCAGUCGAGAACCUGUUCAGCCCUUUCUGUUCGUUAUACAUAUUUUUCAUUCUCCGACCACGGGUCGCUUCUCAAACUUCCCGUCCUCAGAGCGUUCGCGGCCGCCUCAUCUUCCGGCGAACCGUGUCCAGCCACGAACUGGAUCCGCAAAAGAUGUCAAGCGCUGCGGCCUGCGUCAACAUCGAGUCACCGACUGCAAUCUUGUGUGUUGCUGCGCCUCUCAGUGCUUCUUCCACUGCAGGAAAGCCCCACUGUUUCAUGUCGUUGCUGUGCAAGGACCCCAGAGAAAGUUUUUUAUAUACGCGGACCUCGUCGUCUGCAGCCGACGCGCCUCGCCCAACAAGAACUCCUCAAAAUGGACAGAACUCUGCUUAAUAAACUAACUUGUUCGGGAGAGGAGAUGCCGGCAGGUUACCUCUACACCGAACUCGUCUCAGGCACAAAUAACCUCUUUGCGCUCGUAGGGCAGUCAGCGUGUGGCACACACCCUCCGUUUCGACGAGGACAUACGUCGCCGGCAGGAGUUUCUCCGGAAGAUACAGUCGUGGAAAUCCUUGACUUCGUUUCCCGCAAACUUGAAAGGUCUGACAGCGACCCUUUCGUGAAGGCGAAGUGUUUGCGAUUGUUGAAGCACCUCUGUGAGCGAGGCCACGAGCGUAUUCGCGGCAUCAUUCAGCGCAGAUACCUUCACCGCAUCAAGGCUUGUCAGACCUACAGAGGGCCACCCCACCCCCUCCAGGGCGAUGCUCCAAGUGCAGCAGUCCGAGCGGAAGCCGACGCAUGUCUGCGGUGUCUGUAUGCUCACGAGAACGGCGCGGCUGCGGCCGUGUCAACUUCCAUCGAAUCCACAGGGCGAAUCGAAGGUUUCGGACCGGGGUCGAUGCGCGCGACUCCUGGGGCAGCAGGCGGCUACAGGGUGGAGGGACAGAGCAGUUCCGGCUCGAAUUACGGCGCAUACGGAGGCAGUACUCCUUCCUGGUCUGCGUCUGCUUCGUCCAUGGUCGGCUUUGGAAACCCCCACUUCAGCCACGAGAAGCAGCCUUCCCGACGCGAGCAAGCGCUGCAGCUGAUCUCUUCAACCGCCAGCAAAAUCCUCCCGACCGCGGUCCAGGAACAGCUGCAGAAAGUCGUUACCACGGCUCUGCCUGGAGGAACGACGUCGCCCGCGUCGAGAAUGCAGGUCUACAGUUCCGGCAGCUUCCGACCCCCCACGACUCCGCAGUACGACAGCAACGAGGGAAGUGGCUGGACUCCCUCGACUUCUUUUUCCGCUGGCUACGCUGCAGCGCCUGAAGACCGAGGCCGGUCCCUCUAUGGCGCCACUGCAGGGAGGUACAGCGAGAGUGCUGGCAGUUACUGUCGGCCGAGCUUAGACAGCGUGUCUGCUCCUGCUGUCUCUUCUGUCUCCUCCGGGUCCCGCACCGCGGUGUGGGGCCCGCGCGGCGCCUCGGGCGGUGCCGCGGCGGCCGACUCAGGGCUCUUGUCUCCUCGGGGGGAGCGACCUGCUGUACCUGCACUCAUCCAGUCGGGCGCGUACGAGAAUCGCGUAGUUGAGGAGCUGCUGGUGCCAUGCGGAGCGAAGCUGACGCCGGCGCCGGCGACACUCGAGGAUUUCGCGAGCAAGUGCCAGGCGCUGGACUCGCGCGUGCUCGGAUGCAUCAUUCAGCAGAAACUGGAAGACGAGGCCGUUCCGUGGAUCUCGCGCCUCCGCCUUCUGUGUGGGUGUGAGGCGCUGCUCCGGCGUGAGCGAGAGAAGGGCCAGCGCAGUCUCGCAGGAUCGACGGACAAGAGCACUGGAGAAUCGGAACCCCCGACCCUGGCUGAAGUGCUCGCCGCGAACUGUCUAGAAACCGUGGAAAGGUGUAUGGACACUCCGCAGCUGAAGCGCCCAGCCACAGAGGUUCUGCGUCUGCUGGAACGCGAGAAAGUCGAAGAAGGUCGACCGGGCAACCGCGUCGCCUCCGCGACGUCUAGUGGCGACAGCAACGACGAGAGGGAAACGGCGUCUGCCGUCGAUUUGCUGGAUCUAGGCGACGAGAAACAGGUCGAGACGCUCGGAGCCGGAGGCCGAGCAGCUGACGAGUCUGGAGGCGAUGCCCAAGACCUUCUCGAUAUGAGCGGCGCAGACGCGAGUCGCGCGCAUGCAGGCGAUGCCCACGUCCUCAAUGGCAUCCACCCCGCCGCAGAGAAAAAGUCUUCGCGGCCCUCCAACCAGGACGACCUGCUGGACGUCCUGUCCGACGACUUCACGACUCUGUCUGUCGCUUCUGCUUGCCCGUCGAAGAAUUUGUCUGCGGCGCGUUCCCAGAGCGCGCCGUCUGCCGCCUCCUCGACUGCCGCUUCCUCGUUUUUCUCCGGCCUCGUUGUGAAGGAUGACAAGCAACGGAGGCGCGAAGGCGCCACAACUGCUAGAGGAGACAGCUCGCUGCUCUCUCCGACAGGACAGACCGGCCGCUCUUCUUCUGCGUCGUUGCUCCCAGAGACGGAGGCGGAGCGCGGCGGCGGCGUUCGAGUCGCUUCGGCUGUGGGGAGCAACCUGUUGUCUGCGAGUAAUCCGCAGGAGAUUCUGUCUCUCGACACAGUUCUCUCUUCGUCCCUCGCGGCCUCUGGACCCGUCGGCGUCAGCAGUGGCGGAGCGCCGCCCAGUUUUCGCGGGGCUUCGACGCAGGAUGAGCAGGCGCGGAGAGAACCUGUUCCGUUUCCUCUGUCUCGAACGGGAGCGCCGCCGCCGCAGCCGGAGGGCCGAGGAAAUGCGGGUGGUCUCGCCUUCUCGCCGCUGCUGUUGAGCCCCGUCGGCUCCCAGAGCAGCUCCGCCCUGGGAGUCGACGUCUCCCCUGGUCCAGGCGUCAAAAGUGCACGUGACGACAUGCGCCAGUUUGCAGGCCAUGGCAGCCUUUUUCCGGCUUCCCUGGGUCCGCUCUCGUCCGCCUCGGCGACGCCUGCGUCGUCUGUUCGUCCGCACAGUGUGCGUGCGCCGAGCUUUCCGCCUGCCAGCACGAAUCUCGCGCCUCCGCAGAGCCGAACUGCGCACCUGGAUCGCUUUUUCAGCUCCACUGGCGCCAGUGCAGGCAAAACAAGACAGGUCGCCUCAGGGACCACAGGGUACGCGGCGCUUUUUCCUCAGAGUCAGCCGGGAAACACCGACAUGGCUGCGACGACCGCCUCGCCGCAGUUGCUGCACGCGGCUUCUGUUACUUCUCCAGGAAGGACGGAAUGGGCGAGCGGCGCGUCACAUGCUGGAGGCGAAGGCGGGGCACCUUUUCCCUGGAUGGGUCAACAGAGUCCUGGCGCAAACAGCGUCGCGAGAGGCGCGGCCGCCUUCGCGCCGCUCGGCGGGCCUCUUGGCCCCAAGGGGCCUUCUGCCCCUGAAACGCAGCCGGCUGCGUUGGGGACCGGCGGCGGUGUCGAGAGUCGGAAUGCAGAGGCGAGAACGAAGUUUGCGUUCGUCACGAGCUAGAAGAGAAGCGCAGUUGACCUCGAGAGAAGCGGAUGGUGGCCGCGACUUACCUGCGGCUCCGAGGACGCAGUCAGAUUCCAAGACAACGCUGAGAAACAAGGAGGGACGGGAUCGCUGGUGGGGGUACAGCGGAAAGAAAAGGAGAGACGAGGAGAAACACACAGGAAGGCCGACAGAGAGAGAAUUGGCGUGGAGAGAGACAGGGAAACUGUGAGCAAGAGAAUGGACGUUUUUUCUCAUGGGGCUUUGACGGGUUGUUUUCAGAAGCCAAACGAAAACGCGUCUGCAUGCAGAUGACGCGCAGCGGAGCGCAGUGGCCCCGUGCGCCUCGAGACAGUUGUCAGUUCAUUUCCUGCUGACACUUCGCGCAGUUACGGGAGCUGUAUGGGGAAUUGUGAAGGUCUGUGGAAGCGUCUUCAGCUGCAUGCACACAGCAAAAUGGGAGGCGCUGUCUCGUAGCAGAACAGAGAGAAGGGAAGCCCCAAAAGGGAGACUGGUGUUGCUUCUUCACAUCCGCCAUCCUGUUUACUUUUUUCGAAAGAGGAAGGCAGCUAAGCAGUCCCUGCACAGUUCACAGUUCCCCUCGCGAGGAACAUCGUGCACAGGGAUUAUUGUGACGCUUCCGCUCGUAUCAAAACAACGACUUUAGGCUCAAACUCAAACGUACACUUACACAUCUGCAGGC